GUGAGCAGUGACCUCCUACGCCAGUCGUGUGAGCCGCACCACACCGUGAAGAGGCCAUCCGCGCUGCCUCUGUCCCUUCGUCGAUUCAUGCAUCACACAGAUAUGAAGAAGAGCACACAGAGAGAACACAGACGGAAAGCCAUAAGCAGAAAAACACGCCGGUAAACUCACACCUACACCCACCCACACACAUGCAAGGAGACUCAGGGUAUACGUGCGUUACUGAGCGGACGUGAAUUAUAGCCUGGUAAAGGGGUAUAUAAGAGUGACUGGACAGGAAACGCGGUGAUUGAAAAGAAUAGCCUAUCAGCGUGGCCCGAGAUAAGUAACUGCUGGGAGAUAGAAGAACGGCGCAGACAGCUGAGGAUGAAAUCGUUUAAUUCUAUUCUCCUGUGCUUGGUGUACGGUAUUGUGUUGGUGCUGGGCGGUGUGAUUUUCAAGUAUCUGGAGUACUAUGAGACGGAGACUGUUGAAGUUACCGAACCGCCGGAGUGGACGCAUUUAAAAGCUCUAGCCCUGAGAGAUAACCCGCCCGCUAACAAGGAUGAGCUGCUCAGCCUUCUCACACCCUGGCUGCCCCGCGCCUGCCCCGCCCUUCCCCAGACCACCGUCAGGGCACUGGUCACGCGAGGGUCGCAGGAGGAGGCGGUGUAUGAGGUGGAGGUGCUGUGUCCCCAUCUACACAAGGAGAACGUGACGGUGGUGGUGGUGUAUCCCUGGUCCUUCUUCGACGCCCUCUUCUUCUCCAUGACCGUCACCACUACGAUAGGGUACGGUCACCUGUAUCCUACUCUUCCCUGGGGCCGCAUCGUUUGCAUCCUGUACUCCCUCGUGGGCAUCCCCCUCACGGGUAUCCUUUUGGCCAUGACCUCAAACUUCUUCGGUGACAAACUCCUGCAGCUCUUCAAGUCGAGGCUUUCCGACGAGAGGCAACAGUCCAGUUCCUUCAUCGCCGGCGCCACCGCUAUCUACGUCGCCCUCGGGUUCCUGGUCUUCAUUUUCCUCCCGUCGGUGCUGCUGUCCUACCUCGAGGGAUGGACCUACGUGGACGCCGUCUACUACAGCUACAUCACUCUUACGACCAUUGGCUUCGGUGACAUGGUGCCUGCAAACGGUUAUGAGGGUAUAGCGAAGGACAUCUACCAGAUCUGCCUCAUUCUGUGGAUCAUGAUCGGGCUCGGGUACUGGGUGAUGGUGGCCAACUUCAUCACCAAAGCCCUCAAUUCCAAACAACUCACGGCCUCGGUGAAGCGGAGCGCCGAGGAGAUGAAGAAACUGAUGGAACAAGUCGGCCUCAAGCACCACGACCCGGCCUUCCUGAGACUCCACUCCAAGGCCAGCCUCAACCUUAUGCUUCAGCUCGGCAACAUCCUCGCUGUUCAAGAGGCCGAGAACGGGGAGGCGGGCGGGAUGAGGGACGAUUUGACGGACACCACCUCUGCGGGGCCGUCCUCUCCCACCUCUCCCGUCUCGCCCAGUGGCAUUCCCGGCAUCUCGGCGCUCUUCGGGGCUGGCUUGUCACGCACACCGAUCAGCCACCUCAUGGGCCCGCUCAAGAAGGAGUAUAACACGAACACCAGCAGCACAGAGUCCAUCAGCCGAAGACCAACUUUCGAGUCCUCCGUGAGCCUCUGCGACGAGACUAGCCUGCACCACACCGACGAGAAAGAAAACGGAGAAGACUAUAAGGAAAACGGGAGGUUGUGACACGCCUGCCUGCCUGUGUUCUGAGGUUUGCUACUCACACGCCCACACCCACGCCUUUACACGCCCGUUUCAAUCAUCCAUUCUUCCUCUUCUCAUACAUUCAUUUUUCCUCCCCCUCCUCCCCCUCUUCCACAUAUGCCUACUCUUCCUUUCACGGCAGUUUCCAUUCAUCCAUUCUUCCUCUUCUCACACAUUCACUCUUUAUUCUUUAUCUUAUCUCUUGUUUUCCUCUUCCACACCUACCCACUUCUCACUUUUUUUUUUAAGAUUUAUCUCCUAGUAUCACUAGGGGAACGGGCCCUUGUCCAAAGAGGGAAAAGAUCGCUCCCCCCUGCACGAGGGAGCACGGGCCUUAGCCGAAGGCGGCCCGUAGCAGCGUGCCGACAGAAUCGGACAGACCGACUCUAUCGGCGAUCCAAAUCUAGCCGACCAAGUCGGUCUGUCGACGAGACCUGGCGUGUCUCUGACUUCUCGCUUCACGACCCCUUUCAUUAAUCCAUUCUUCAUCUUUUUAUACGUUCAUUCUUUAUCCUCCUUUUCCUCUUCUUCCUCCCCUUCCACACUCACACACUUCUCCCUUCACACCCACAAAAAGGAGUUAAAUUCUUCAGUGUUGGGUUGGAGGCGAUUCAAAACAAAGUGACUCUAAUACACAAUGCAAAGUGUUUUCAUUAAGCCUCGAUCUAUUCUUAAACGUAUCGGCACCUCGGUUCACCUGUUUGAUAAGCAUCUCGUAGAAGUUGCUGUGAUUUCCAUGGACUGAUCUGUGGUAUCGGUGAUAGUUUUACCCGCCUUCUGUAACUUGAACGCGGAAAUCACCCAUGAAAACCCGGUUAAUCUUCUCUGCGGCCUUGGGAAAUAGUCGUAAUGGGUGACCGAUGCGUUUAAUAAUGUGAAUAUGGACCUAAUAAUCUUCUCUGACAAUAAAGGGGUGACUGAUGUGUUCUUUAUGUUCUCUGUGCAUCAGCCUCGCCAGUACUAUGUUGUGUUGUACUCAUGUAGAUUAAGGGAAAAAAAUCACAAGGAGAAAAAGAUGAAAUUAAUUAUGACAGCUGUAUGUGAAGUACUGUACCUUGAAACGCUUAUAUACCUCUCUCUGGCAUUAAGGUUAUGUGUGAAGAUUAGUUAAUGUGUAUGUGAAUAAAACUUUGCCAUGUAUAUGAACAAAAUGUCUUCCAAAUAAAAUAAUCCUACAAUAAAGAAA